GACUCUAACGGUGACUGGCGCAAGUGUCAUCCAAUCAACUGCCUGCGCUCCUGAGUGGGCGGGAACAACGUCCUUGUGUCCACCAAUGAAAACUCUCCGAGCGUCCACUGAGUAAGGAGCCGUCAGCUAACUGUGUUUAUCAUCUAUUAUACACGAGACUCGAGCGGAGACAGACGCGUAUCACUGUGAAUCCAGAACACAUGUCAGUGUAUCCCUCAUUCACAAACUGACCUCUUCAGAAAGAUGCAGUUCAUGCUGUUGUUCAGCAGACAGGGCAAGCUCCGUCUGCAGAAAUGGUACGUUCCUCUGUCUGAUAAGGAGAAGAAGAAGAUCACGCGGGAGCUGGUGCAGACCGUUCUGGCCCGUAAGCCAAAGAUGUGCAGCUUCCUGGAGUGGAGGGACCUGAAAAUCGUGUAUAAAAGAUACGCCAGUCUGUAUUUCUGCUGUGCAAUUGAGGACCAGGACAACGAACUGAUCACACUGGAGAUCAUCCACCGCUACGUCGAGCUGCUCGACAAAUACUUCGGCAGUGUUUGUGAGCUGGAUAUCAUCUUUAACUUCGAGAAGGCCUAUUUUAUCCUGGACGAGUUCCUGCUGGGAGGCGAGGCUCAGGAGACGUCCAAGAAGAAUGUCCUGAAAGCCAUCGAGCAGGCGGAUCUGCUGCAGGAGAAUCUAGAUUUUCAGAUCCGUCUGCUUCCAGCAGGUGUUUUGAGUCCGAACAUAUCGUCCGAGUCCACAGGACUCUUCCAGAGUUAAAGCGCUUCAGCCCCGACAUGAGUUCUUUAACGUUCCCGUGUACUGAUUGGCUGCAUGCUGAGCCCCUCCCCCUGCACGCCUGCUGGCUCCGCCUCUGUCUCAGCACCAUCCAAUCACAGAGCUGCAUCUUGGACCCAGUAUCACCUGCACACUCUUCAUGUCUCGUUUAUGUUUGACCAUGUGUGUGGGUGUGUGUGUGUGUGUGUGUGGGUGUGUGUGUGUGUGUGUGUGUGUGCGUGUGUGUGUUUUAACUGUGUCUGAAAACAGGACGUUUUAUUUUAUGCAGAUUUGAUUCUCAAGUAACUUAAAGUAGUAGUUCACUUCCAGAAUGAAUAUCUCCAGAUAAUUUACUGCAAUCCCAGUAGAGGAAUAAGAGUCUGAUCUAGUGAAACGAUACGUCAUUUUCCUUAAAAAAAACUAAAAAAAAAACUGUGUAAAUGCAGCAAAACCUCAGGCCAAAACGUGCAUAAAAACAGAUUUUACAAACCCAAUGCAAAUGCUUUCUUGAAAGUAUAUAUUUAAAAUAACUGAGUACUAUUAAAUAUGAGGUGUCUGUAUAAUGUGAACUCAGUGAACUCGCAUGAAAUCAUGUUUACUCGUGUUCAGCGGAUGAUAAAUCUAGUCAUUUUAGAAAUGCACAUCAUGACAACUUCAGAUUUAGUUUCUUUCUUGAUUUAUUUAGUAAAAAAGAUACAGCAAAUAAGCAAUUGUUUUUAAUUUGUAUUUUUUUAACCCCGUAAUGACUGAAAUGUUAAAUGGUAGUCAAACAUAUGUCCUAUUUAGAAAUGGAACAGUUUAUUGAAACUUUAGACUAAAUAUUUAAAUAAAUCUAAAUAAUAAAGUUUGCAUAUGCAUCAUAUUUGCUCCAUCAGGCUUUUAUGGUUCAUAUAAUCUGAUAUAAUGAGAAUAUGGAGGAAAAACCGCUUGGAUUUUAUUCAGAGACUAUAAAAAAUGAGAAUGUAAGUCAUGAUUUAGUCGAUCUGUCGAUGAAUGAAUGUAAAGUCACAUGUGUUUUGUAAAGCUGCAGAAAUAAACAAAUGAAAUGUGAGAA